CUUAGUUAUGUCGGCCAACGAUAGCGAACGGCGGCACUGAAAAAUACACGCAAAUUAAAGGGAGUUGAGCUUCCUUACUUUACCUUCCUUGAUGCCAGUAAACAGUGAGAGUGAGACAAGUGAGGAGCGGUGAUGAGACUCACCCCUCGAGAAUUCUUACUGGGGAACCACCAUCUGUCUUUUUUCUCCCGACCUUCCUUUUGUACGGGUCUGAUGAUUCCUCUCCUGUAAGAUGACUUCAGGUAACAAGAGGGUACAUUAGUUGUGCUGCUGCUACAGGUCCUGCCGUGGCUACUCCUACUUCAUCGGUUUCAGUGAAUGGCAAUGUCCCUGCUAGCUAACACCAGACAUGGUACAAAGUCAGCCACGAUGACCCCCGAGACUCGAGCGCCUUCUCUUCUUAUUAGGCAAGACAGUCUGAGUGGUAGGACAAUGCGCAAUGGAAAGAACAUUGAUGUUGGAGGCGUCAAGCCUCUUGUCAGUAGAACAGAGAUACAGUGUGGACGGCCAGGCAACGUACGCACAAAUGCUGGAAAACCCACUUACAAGUCACAGGAAGAACAGUAUCAGGAGAUUCAGGAGCUGCGGCGUGACCUUGGGGAGUUACGUGUGGAGAACUCCAGUUUGAAGACUCGGAGCAGACGCCUUGAAGAAGAUCUUUUACGUCGUGAUCGUCAGAUAGAGCAGCUGAUGGAUCCAGCUAAGAAUGAUGAGGCUCGGAGAAAGCUAACGGACAAGGGGGCCUCUCUUGUGUCGAGCUUGAAGCUAAGGGUAUCGCGCCUGGAGGCUACUUUGAAGGAAAAGGAGGCUGAGCUAGGAAAGCUUCAAGCUUCAACCAAGGCAACAGCUUUAAAUGAAAUGAAGAUUGAAGCAGAAACUUAUUACCAGGAGGUUGUGAGAUUGAGAAAUCAAUUGAAUAUAGUUCAACAACAGCAGCAGCAGCAACAACAAUUUCAGCACUAUCAGAAACCUUCACAGCAAUCAUCUCCACAUCAUCAGAACUCACAUCAUCUACAGCCACCAUCACCACAGCAAGACCCCAAAGUGUUGAGCCCCAGUCACUGGUCCAACAUGCGGGGAGAGCAAGACAACAGGGAAGGGAUGCCUCACCGAAGAGAUGGCGGUGAUGUCCAGGAGUCACCAACAACCGGCCUGCAACAAGCUCUUACACAGCUGGAGGAGGAAAAUGCUCAGCUGGGGCACCAAUUGUCCUCACUCACUGAAGAAAAAGACAAACUUAUGGCUGACUUGGAAAGAGUUCUUGGUCUUUCUGAGGAUGUUAAAAAUAACUAUGAGGGCGUGAGUCGGGCAGAACUAAUCCGAGAGGUUGAACGAGGCCAUGACGAAGUGAACCGAUGGGAGGCUCAACAUACUCAGUUGACAGAGGCUUUGUCACGAAGGAAUGACAUUGCUGGAGACAAUUCUGCAUUUUUCCAGGCUCGUUUGGCAGAACUUCAAGGAAGAGAGGUGGAGUGGGAGCGAGAACGCUCCAGCUUGCGAGAACUUAUCAACACACUAAAAGAUGACCGCAUAUUCUACAUGGAUACAGCUCAGAAAAAAGAUUCGGAGUUGGAAAGUCUACGUUCAGAAAUCCAAGGUUUACAACAAGAAAUCUUGGUUCUUCAUGAUGCUCAGCGUAAACGGAAUGAACGUCCAUCUGGCACCAUGGCUCAACGUUCUGCUCGAGGAUCCGGUAAACAAAUUUCAUCAGCUUCCCGUUCAGGAUCAAGCAGUGAUGCCAACACACCCACCAGGCGUGUUCGCCCAUCUAGUGCACGCCCUCCAGCCCCUGGCACUCGUCCCCAGCGUUCUCCUAAGUCGUCCAGUGAACCACGUGAGAUUCCUCCGCCUAAUAGGACACGAAGGAUCCCAACUCAACAGAGCCCUACAAAGCUUCCACCAACCAAGUCACCACCUAAGGCUUCUUCUUCUUCUUCUACCUCUUCACCAUCCAAAGGUUCACCCGGCAUUAUGCGGGGUUCAGUACACACUACUAAAUCUGGUAGUAGCAACAGAAAACCAACAACUUCAUCGUCAGCCUCCACUCCAAAAGCUAGUCCAUAUGGAUCACCAAAACACAGCUCUAUCGGACGUGCAUCAUCGUCUUCAGCUUCUUCUAAAACACCAACACCAAUAGCCUCUCCACGCAAAAAUGCAGCUUCAAUGUCCCCUCAUCGUAAAUCUGUUGGAGCAUCUCCCCAGCACAGGGUGACUGGAUCAGCAUCUCCACAGCCCAGGUCUGCUGGUCCAGCUUCUGCCAAACCUUCCACAUCUCGGUCUUCCUCUAGAACCUCUACUCCAUCAUCAUCAGCUAAGUCUUCCCCAUGCAAAGCAAACACUACCAGCAAAUCCCCCUCUAAAGUUCCUAAACCAAAAGUUGGCACCAGUCCUAGCAAGAGACGGGAGGAAAGUGCCAGCCCAGCCAGAACACCUAAGUCAUCUAACAAACAGGAAACCAUUCGAGAAUCUUCAGCUUUUACUAUAGUUGCUGCUGCUUCACCAUCUUGUCACACAAGAGCAUCUUCUUUAUCAACACGCUCAGGCAAGGCUGACAUCCAAGAUCAUGCCUAUCACUCUUUCACGCACAUUUCAUCACUGCAGCACCUCUAUCAGAGUGAAGACACCCAGACUCCUUAUAAGAAGGAGGAAGAUGAGCGUGUUCUGGCAGAGAUCUUGUUUCAGCAAGAAACAUUCAGUAACAGCGAGGCAUCUGAUGCUCCACUGCUGGCCCGACAGAGAACUAUGACACUGAGCAUCCAUGAAGAUGUGUCUCCUGCUAAUACUGAGGCAGAAAAUACAGAGUUUGAGCAUGCAAGUGGUAGCAACUCACUCAUCAGGCAGAACACUGUUACUCUCUCCAAGACUGAAGAUGAAGACACAUCAGCACAAUGCUGUGAGAAGGAGUUCAGGCAAGACACCAUCACUGGUGGGGAGGAAGAGAGUUUGUGCCAAGAAAAGAAUGACAGUGACAGAAUUAAGCAGUCAACAGAUGUAUCGAGCUCUGGUGUGUCUCGUCAAGGUAGUGAGGUAAGGAGUGUAUUUCUCUGUUGGUUGCUUGUUGAGACUUUGUGCUGCAGGGAUGAUGAUUGGAUAACUGUUGUGCAUAAAUACUGUACUUCUUUAACCAUAUCCACUCUCGUUGAAGUUCAUGGUAACUGAAAAAGAAUGAGUAGAGAUUCAGUUUAUUUAGCUAUAUGAAAAGUUUUACUUACUCCUAUACUGUAGAUUUUAAUAUGAAAAUACUAAAGUUAGAUUAUAUUCAUUUGGCAUGUAUAAUUAAAUUUCUUCAAUAAUAAAUUGGUAGUAACCAUGAUCAUCACUUAGUUAUACAGUACCCCCUGUACUCUGUACAUACAGUCUCUAAUCUUUCUGAAUUUCAACAUUACCUAUUUAGUCUAAUUACUGUUGGGAGUAAUGCUGUGUCCUCCAAGACAGUAAUUAUGUCUUUACCAAAGGAGUAGUUCUCUACUGUCUACCAUGUAGUAGUACUCACUACUAAGGGAGUGAUAUUCCUGGCCCACUUACUUUUUAGUGUCUACCCCACUCAACAAAUUACAGUGAGAAGUGUAUUAUAUCUUUGAUGUGUGAAUUUGGCAUUUGUAGCACUGACCCUUCACUUUGGUGUUUUUUUUUCUAGUACUACUGUACUGUAUUGUUGAAAACUUUUUUGGUGUGUUUUAACAUUUGUUAAAUUCUUUUACUGUUGAUGCUGUUGUGUUGCAUGGAAAGUGUUAUAACAAAUAGUUUAUGUACACAUUGUAAAUUCAUGUUAACAGUUAA